AGUCGGUAAGGAAACCUAGCCAAGCCGACAGCACCCCCUCUUGAAAACGGUAAAAAGCUUGGGGAUUUCUCCUUCUUUUCUUGUUCUAGAACACAUAUGGAACCCAGAAAUCUCCCCCCUGCAGAAAAAUCCCGAAUCUGCUCUGCUUUGUUUCUUCUGUCUGCUGCUCUGUUGUGUGGGGAUGAUUUACUCUGGUUUCUGAUCCCCUGAAUUUUUCCCCAAUUCCGCUCGGCUCCCUCAAACCCGCCAACUCCGGUUUGCUUGCUGAAAAUUCCUGGUAGUGUGAUCUGAGAUGCGGGAAACGAGGGGAGUGACGAGUUAGAAGGCUAGCCAUCUUGUAAAUUGAACAUAGAUUUCAGAUAUAAAUCAUGAUCUUGUAAGUUAAACUUAUUUGGAGAUUUUAUGAUAUAAGAGCAAAUUUUAAAAUUUUAUCUUCAGAUUUUGUGGUAUCAGAUUGUGGUAUGAUAAAGUUCCGAUCCUUGU